UGACGUUCUGGCAAACGAUUGAGAGAGAGAGAGAGAGUUGGACCCAAAUACCGUUCUCCGUCCAACCGAUUUGUUGCUAUAAAAGUCCCCGCAACCGCACCGAAAGGGGAAACCACUAUACCUUUGAAAAUCAACGAGAGAGGGAAAAAAGGAAUUACAGAAGAGAACGAAGUCUCCUCCGUUGCAAUCAUCUCAUCGGGUUUUCCCUCCUUCCGUUGAAUAUCGCCAUAAGCCAUGUCUCAGUUAUAUUGUGAAGAUGGGUUCAAUGCCGUGUUUGUCAGCCCAGGGGUUGAGUAUUGGUUCAAGACGUUGAAGGUGUUCGAUCUAUUCGGCCAGUCGAUUGAAGAAAUCCAUAACUGCUUGGUUUUUAGAAGUAUCCGAUUCAAAGCAACUUUGCUGAAUUUGAGCUUUUGGUUUAUUCUUGGCAAGUUCGAUUCGGGGGUUGAAAUGGCAGUCUACUUUAUUCGUUUGAUGUUUGAUUUUGCUCCAUUCGCAGACCGUUGUGCUCAAGGUUGUAAUGUCCUGCGAGGGAUGCUCAGGGGCUGUAAAGAGGGUGCUAACCAAAAUGGAAGGGGUGGAGUCGUUCGACAUCGACAUGAAGGAGCAGAAAGUUACCGUGAAAGGAAAUGUGCAGCCGGAUGCGGUGCUCCAGACUGUGUCGAAAACCGGGAAGAAGACUUCAUUCUGGGAAGCAGCAGAAGCACCUGCUGCUGCUGCAGAAACAAAGGCCGCCUAGACGACGGAGAGUCUACUGUGACUGCUGCAUAGACUGCUUGUAUCUGACUAAUAAUA